AUGACUCUCACCCCGGUCAAACGCCCGGAGCCCAAGCAGCUCCGGGCCCACGUCAUCCAGGAAACAGUGGAUACGGUAGUCUCAGCGGAGGCAGCACGUCUGGCCGAGGGGCCCGAGUGGCUGACCCAGUCCCAGGAAAAUCAUGGCCUGCCACUGAGUGUCGAGCGCUCCUUCGCAUCAUUUCCCGUCUGGGAGCUGACGCACUACCUGUUCGGUGGUCGCGAGCGCGCCGAGCACCGCGAGCGGCUGAUGUCAGAUAUUGAGCGUGACCCCUCCUUCAUGAUGCUCGACCUGAAGCACGACCUGCCAAUGGGGUCUGUUCGCGAGGCGACCCUCCGCCGGGCCCGAAACUUCACCGAAACCAUCCUCGAAGAGCACGAGUCCGUGACGCGCAUGCGCUUUGAUGUUUUGGCCAUGGUCGAUCCCUCCUUCAUGACCCGCGUCGGGGUGCACUACGCGCUCUUUUGGGGGACCAUCCGCGGGCAGGGGACCACCGAACAGAUCGUGGACCUGGCCUCACAGGGGAUGCUCCUGCUGAAGGACUUCUUCGGGUGCUUCGCCAUGACGGAGCUCGGGCACGGGUCCAAUGUGGCUGGCCUGCAAACUACGGCCACCUUCAUGCCGGAGUCCGACGAGUUCGAGCUGCAUACCCCUUCGCUGCUGGCCACCAAGUGGUGGAUCGGCGGGGCGGCCGAAUCGGCCACCCAUGCGGUUGUCUUUGCGCGGCUCCUGUCCAAUGGGACUGACUAUGGUGUGCGGCCUUUCGUGGUGCAGCUGCGCCAUCCCCAGGACUUUGCCCUGUGCUUCGGGGUCACCAUCGGCGAUUGCGGGGCCAAGAUGGGUCGGCAUGGCAUCGACAAUGGUUGGAUUCAAUUCAACCGGGUGCGUAUCCCGCGGCGGGCCAUGCUGGCGCGCCAUGUGUCCAUCAACCGGGCUGGUGUGGUGCGAGAGCGGGCUCGCGGCUCGCGGCAGCUGGCCUACGGAGCGCUGAUCACGGCUCGAGUGCAGAUUGCGGUUGAUGCCUCGAAUGCCUGCAAGCGAGCCAUCACCAUUGCCGUGCGCUAUGCCGCUGUGCGGCGGCAAUUCAGCCCGCAUCCCGAGGCCCCGGAGACCCGGCUGCUGGAUUACCCCAGUCACCAGGCUCGGCUGAUGCCCCUGCUGGCGGAUGCCUUUGCCAUUCACUUUGCCGCGGAGCGGACCCAGCUCCAGCAGCAGGCAUGCUCCGAGCUGCUGGAGGCCGUCCCCGAGUCGCCGUUGGCUGUCCGCGCGUUGGCCGAUUUGAAGGCCCUCCAUGGCACGGCCUCCGGGCUGAAGGCCCACAGCACCUGGCUGGCGCAGCGGGUGAUCGAGGAGUGUCGCCAGUCGCUUGGUGGUCAUGGGUACUCCUCGUACGCCGGGCUGGCCUCGCUUCAGGCGGACUUUGUUGUCCAGUGCACCUGGGAUGGCGACAACACGGUGAUGGCCCUGCAGUGUGGCCGGUACCUGGUGGCCUGUUGGCGCGACCGCACCGGACGCGCGGGGCUCUCCUCCAACUUGGCGUAUUUGGCCACGCUGGAGCAGGCCCUGGCGUACCGGUCUCCGGCGCGCCGCGCGGCGGACUUCCAGCGUCUUGACCUCCUGGUUCAGCUCUAUUCCUCAGUCUGUGCGCAUCUGGUGGACACGGCCGGCGUGAAGAUUGAGCAAUACCUCUCUCCCGCGGGCGGGAACAUGAGCCCGGAUGAGGCCUACCGGGAAGCCGCUCCGGAGCUCCUGCGUGCUGCGCGUGCCCACUGCCUGGGGUACAUGUUGCGUCAAUUUGCCGAGGCGGUGACCGCUGCCCCGGCUUCUCUGCGCCCUCCUCUGGAAAAGCUGUGUGCACUUUUCGGCCUGCAUCAUCUGAUCGAGUCGGCUGGGGCCCUGUGUGCCAUUGCUCUCGAGAAGAGCUUCCUCUCCCCGGAGCAGCUGCGUGACGCACGAGACUGCUACCGGGCGCUGAUGCCGGAGAUCCGAGCUGAUGCCGUGCCGUUGGUGGACUCCUUCGCCCUGCCGGACUUCAUCCUGGCGUCGCCCUUCGGCCGGUAUGAUGGCGAUGUGUAUCGUGCCUACUUCGAUCGGGUCAAGUUCGGUAGUACCCUCAGCAAUGAGGCAGCCCGAGCUGCAGGGGGGUCCGGCGAUCGCCGGGCCACUUCCGGCCCCGUGCGCCUGACCGGCCAGGAGCAUCCGUACUUCGAGUCCCAGUUGAAGCCGCUCUUCCGGCGGACCCUGCCUGAGUAG